AUGAAAGGGAACAAUAAACAAACAGCCACUUUCCCACAACAAAAGGAGCCGCCCAGAAACACAGCGGAAGACAAAUAUGAGAAUGCGACAGAAGCGAACUCUGAUGAUGAUUUUCAGCCAAACAUAACAAUAAAAAGGAAAAAUAGGGAACCUACGCCUGUAAAUAGUUCUCAAAAACGAAUGAAGAAAGGCAAAGAAAAGUCUAGUAGCUCUACUUCUACUGCUAUUGUCGAAUCUAAACCUAGUGAUGAUGCUCCUCUUGCAAAGUCUACUGUUGCUACUACAAAAAGUGCAAAAUAUACACCAAUCGCUCUAGUGAAUGCUCAACAGAUAGCACUGUAUGAAUGCACAAAGAUUCAAACCGCAUAUCUUAACAACAUCAAGGCUCAUUUUGGGAGUAGACUAAGGGCUAUUCUAAAUAAGCUUUGCAAGCCCAAGGAACUGGCUGCCGACCUGCGUAAAGAUUUGAAACAGAAAAAUGUAGACAAAAGAGCCGUAAACAAAGCUUUGAGAGAGGGAGUGUACGGUCCUUGCAACCAGGUAAAGCGUGCUAUUGAAAAGAAAGAGAUUCCAGAUGCUACCAUCUUGGACACUUCUGCAAGAAAAAAAGUCAAAGCUAUACUGCAGUCAUGCCCAAACAACUACAAGCUCAAAAAGGAUUCCACCUUUUAUGACAUAAAAUCUAAUCCUGAAUGCCACUACAAGGCUUUUAUGAAAAUAUCUGAACUUUUCGACUCAGAGGGGUUGCGCCAAUUUUCUUGCUUUCCCGUGCGAACCAUAUCCAUUCCUUGCUAUAUGACUUUAGAUUUCAAGAGUAUUCACUAUAAUGUCUUAAAGAAUAAGACAGCGCUAAAAAUGGACAACAAAUUUCAAACUUGGGGCUCUGUAGUAAAUACAAAUAACAAGGCUUUCAAAGACUAA